CAGAUUGGUUAGGAACGAGUGCGUUCAGGUAACAGUAGGGAUCUGCGUGUUCCUCUGCCAGUGGUGUUUCUCUCUCUCUCUCUCUCUCUCUCUCUCUCUCUCUCUCUCUCUCUCUCACUUAUGAUGGGAUGCCGGGAGGAUGUGUGAAUGACGGAUAAAAUGAGCGGAGGAUGUGUGAGAGGCGAGCGGAGCAGCUGAUGGAUGCCGCGGGUCCUGUGGCUCACGCCAUGGAGAAGGAGGAUUCGGAUGGAGACGGAGAUGAUCUCUCGCUGGAGGAGAUUCUAACGCUGUACGACCAGCCGAUCAACGAGGAGCAGGCAUGGGCGGUGUGUUAUCAGUGCUGUCGGGAUUUAUCCGGUCCGGAUCAGAACAGGGUUGUCAGAGGACCAGGAGAUGUCAGAAUCCAUAAAGACGGCGCUGUUAGGAUACAGAGAUCUUCAGGGAAAGAGCACUCGGCGUCCGCUGUGGUUACGAAUGUAAUCGAGUCUCUGGGCAUUAUGAUCUACAAAGCUUUGGACUACGGCCUGAAGGAGAACGAGGAGAGGGAACUCAGUCCACCGCUCGAGCAGCUAAUCGACCUCAUGACCAACAUGACCGAGCUGAACCCUGACCCCUGCCCUGACGAAGGCUACGAAGCUACCGAGGAUGAGGAGGAAGAGGAGCUCCACCAGGGCAGUGGGAUUCGCUGGUACCGCGAUGUUCUUAAGCUGUGCACGCUGCACCUCCCGAGCCCGGCUGAUGCCCCCGAUCAUUACCGGGCCGUGUGUCGCGCACUCUAUGCUGAAACCAUGGAACUGCGGACAUUUCUGGAAAAAAUCCGGAGUGCAAAAGAGAACCUGCGAAAGAUGGAAGGCAACACGACUGUCGAUUCAGCCAGAGAUCUGAAUGAGCUGCAGAAUGCUGAUUGGGCCCGGUUCUGGGUGCAGGUGAUGAGGGACUUAAGGACCGGCGUGAAGCUGAAGAAGGUGCAGGAACGACAGUAUAACCCUCUGGCCAUCGAGUUUCAGCUCACACCCUACGAGAUGCUCAUGGACGACAUCCGUGCCAAACGCUACACACUGCGCAAAGUCAUGGUAAACGGAGAUAUUCCUCCUCGGUUAAAGAAGAGCGCACAUGAGGUCAUCCUGGAGUUUAUCCGAUCCAGACCUCCGCUCAAUCCUGUGGCAGCACGUAAGCUAAAGCCUCAGGUGGAACGUCCUCCGAGCCUCCACGAAAGGAUCCUGGAGGAGAUCAAAUCGGAGAGGAAACUCCGCCCGGUGUCACCUGACCAGAUUCGCAGGAGCCGAAUGGUAAUUCGGCCGCUUAGCAUGUCUCAGAGUUUUGACUCCUCAGACGUCUCUGCCCUCGAUGCAGCGAGGAAGGCAUCCAGCUCGCUCUCGUUAGCUAACGGCUCGUCACUCCAAACGAACGGCACCAGCGGCUUCCAGAGGAAGAGACUCCAUGCUCCCACUCUGGCCGAACUGGGCAGCUCAGACUCGGACGAUGACUCGCUUGGUCAAAGGUCAGCCAGCAGCUCCAGCAUCUCCACACCCAUGGUUGAGGACACAUCACCGGAGUCUGCGGUGGGAAAGAAGACCCCGCCCAUGUUCCUGCCCAUCUCCUCCACACCGCAGCCAGAGAGGAAGCAGCCGGCACAGAGGAGGCACUCUAUAGAGAAGGAGACGCCCACUAACGUCCGGCAGUUCGUCCCUCCGUGCAGACAGAGCUCCAGAUCCUUAGAGGAGUUCUGCUUCCCGGUGGAGUGUUUGUCCCUCACGGUGGAGGAGGUGAUGCACAUCCGGCAGGUCCUGGUGAAAGCCGAGCUGGAGAAGUUUCAGCAGUACAAAGACAUCUACAACGCUCUAAAGAAAGGAAAGCUCUGCUUCUGCUGUCGAACUAAACGGUUCUCCUUCUUCACCUGGUCUUACACCUGCCAGUUCUGCAAAAGACCCGUGUGUUCACAAUGCUGUAAGAAGAUUCGGUUGCCCUCUAAACCAUAUAGCAGCCUACCUAUCUACUCUCUGGGACCAUCCACUUCCACACUGUCCCGAGACAAAUCGGAGAAGACAAGCACUAGCCAGCGCCGGCAUUCCCUUCAGCGCACCAUGAGCAGACUGUCCAAGUCAUCACGUCAGUCGUCAGCGUCAUCCUCACGUGAGGACAUCGAGCUCCCCAAAGAGCUGACUGAAGACUGGAGCACCAUGGAGGUGUGUGUGGACUGCAAGAGGUUCAUCUCGGACAUCAUCUCGUCCAGCAAGCACAGCCUUUCCCUGGCCACCAAACGCAGCCGAAUGAAGCGCAAGACGCACUCGUUCGUCGAUUCCUCGGCCACAGGAUCCGAGUACCGGCCAUCCGAGAGAACCAUUCACGAGGUCUAAAAGAAAAAUCUACUUGGCCUAGACUGACCGACGUACUUCCUAAAGUGGAGUCUUCAUAUCCCUCUGUUUGUCCUGGAGUUUACUACAACGUGAGCUGUCGACGGUGUAACAUGGUGGCCAUAAAAUCCUUUUAAACAUGUAGGACUUCUUCUUCAAGAGAUGUACAUACAAGUUGGCAUGUGUCCAUAAUCAGUUAUGCAUCACUUUAUUGUUAUUGUGGAGACUUCAAAAUAUCUCCACAUCCCCUGAGCUCCUGAGAUAAAGUCUCUCGCAUUCAGAAAAUUCUUUUAUUUUGUACAUAUCUUAAGGAGAGAAGACGGGCGGUCCCGUAACACUGUUCACUGGAAGGUUUCAAAAUGGUGGACAGUACUGUCACUUUGACUCAGGAAUACAUCUACACAAACAUUUAUCAAUAUUCAACAUCAAUAAUAUCAACAUCAAUAUUUUCGAACUUGAAAUAUACAUGAUUGUUCAUGACAGGCAUGACUUUAUAAUAUAAUCACCAGAAAACUCUUAAUUUACUUUAUUUUUUAUUUAUUAUCUGUGAUCAAACCAAAUCGAGGGGUUUCCAAUAAUUUAUUAUUCGGAAAUGUUCACAGUAAUUUAGGAAAAAUAAAAACUUUUUUUUUUUUACCCAAAUAAAUGUAUUUAAUUUAUUACAUUUAGUCAGCUGCUAUUUGUUUUUGUUUGCUGUUUGCUAACACUGCUGCUAAGCAACUGGGAAAUACAGAGGCUAAGAACUGGAGGCUAACUAGCAAGUAACCUGCAACUCUUUUAUUGUAGAGGACGUAAACACAGAGAGGACACAAAAACCACACAAACUUGUCGAGAAUAUCAACAUUUACCUCAGAUGUGUUGGCCGGUUAUUAAAAAAAUGCUCUGUACGGCUAAAAUUACGAUUAGCUUCAAAUGCUAACUCGGCUUCUGUAAUUAUGUCUAAAAGGGAGAAAAAGCUAACGCUAAACAGGCCAAGAAGUCAAUACCGGGUUGUUUGUGUGGAAUCUUUUCCUCAGAAUGGAGAACACAGUGAUUUAUUAAUAGUCGUAGACAUGUGAAGACAUUUUCUGACAGGAAACAUUUUCUUUUCUCCGUGGUAGAAAACUGAUUAUGGACACAUGUCUUGUCAUAUCCUCUGAUGUGUGUGAGAUGUGCAACGGGCUGGACUGAAACGGUCUCGGUUUCGUCUUGUAAAUAUGUGUAUUCGCUGCAGGUGUACAGAUCGUCGAUCAAGCUGUAUUUAUUUUUAUAUGAAUCGAGUGACAUGCUGUUGUUUAGCCAAUGACGUGGGAUGUUGUAAUGAUGCCUUGUCGCCAGUCCCACUUCAAAUCCCCUUGAAUAACCUUAAUCCCAGUGACGUAGUGAGAGAUUUUACCAGUGUUAGUACUGUUCUCGGCAGGUUGAUGUGAGGUGUCACUGGUAGCCACGUUGGUUCUCUACAUUAUCUGGUAGUAAAUAUUUUUUUAAGUCGUGCUUGAUGGGUAAUCCACAUUUACACCGAUCAGGCAUAACAUUAUGAGCACUGAGAGGUGAAGGGAAUAAUGCUGAUGAUCUCCUCAUCAUGGCACCUGUUAGUGGGUGGGAUAUAUUAGGCAGCAAGUGACCAUUUUGUCCUCAAAGUCGAUGUGUUAGAAGCAGGAGAAAUGGACAAGUAAGGAUUUGAGCGAGUUUGAUGAAAGGCCAAAUUGUGAUGGCUAGACGACUGGAUCAGAGCAUCUCCAGAACUGUAGCUCUUGUGGAGGUGUUCCCGGUCUGCAGUGGUCAGUAUCUAUCAAAAGUGGUCCGAGGAAGGAACAGUGGUGAACCGGCGACAGGGUCAUGGGCAGCCAAGGCUUAUUAAUGCACGUGGGGAGUGAAGGCUGGCCCGUGUGAUCUGAUCCAACAGACGAGCUAAUGCUGGUUCUGAUAGAAAGGUGUCAGAAUACGGGUCAGGGCUGUUUUGGCACCAACACAAUAUUAGGCAGGUGGCCAUAAUGUUAUGCCUGGUCUGUGUAAGUUGUUCCUCAUCCAUCAUAUGUUUCUCCACGUGAACAUUGUCAAUAAUAGUAUUAAUUGAAAUAAUUGAUCAAGUUUGUCUUUCAGAUAAGAACCUAAAUGUGCAGGUUGUCUGCUUUUUCUGCUCAUUUUUUUUCUACAUAGCCUUCAUAUAACACACGGUUUAAUUGCCUUACUGACUUUCUCAAUUCUAUAAAGUUAUUGUCGUCAUCUUUAUUCUCCUGAAUACAAGAUUUAAAUCACCUGCACGAAUUCCCAAGUGUCUCAUACCGAAGCCUCAGUUUUAAAUGACAGUGUUUCUCUAAGUCAGGGCUUGUCGAAUAAGCACAACACAUUUAUAUUAAAAUAUCCUUAAAUCAUCAUUAGCCUGUUCUACGAGCCGGAAAUGUAAUAGAAAUGAAAUCUCAAAUUGUGCAUUAAUAGUAACAGCUAACCCUUUUGUACCUCGAUUAACACCUUCUUUAUUGAACCUGAAUCUCUGGACGGUUGUACUGCGGUCACGGGUUCUUCUCGCAUUGUUCUUUUAAAAGGUUACGGACCGAGAAUUGUAAUAAAUUUACAUUAAAAAUGAUAUUAUUUUCUGCAUUAUUUCACGGUACGACGUAUACAGAAUGUGAUAGCAAUAAUUUAGGCCUUUAGAUGCAUAUCAGAUUAUUUUGACUGUAUUAUUUUAUAUAUCGAUGACGUAGUAUUUAGUAUUUGUUUACAUUUAUAUUUACUGCCAUGUGGCAGGUGCCCUUAUUCCGAGUGCAUUACAGAAAUGCUUUAAAGUCUCUGCAAAUAAAUAGACUCUGAUUCAGACUUGGGUGAUAUUGUAAAGAAUAAAUAAAUAAAAAGCGAACAAUUAUUUAUUUUAUAUAUUAUUUCUUUUCGGCCAGUGAUAUAAAGACAUCACUGAUGCCUGGUUGCUCAUUGGAGAAGUCAUUUUUCUUUCAUUUGAUCUCCAUAAGCUGCUUUUUUUUUGCCUUAUAAUUAUUGCCUUUCUCUGUUCCAUAAAGCUACUGAUGGUUCACAGAUUCCCUCCUCUACUUGGAGCUAAGCACAACUAAAUCACACCAUAGAUUUGGUAUGCUGUAUCAGAGGACCGACUCAGCAGGAGGUUGCGAGUUUGGAGAGUUCAGAGGCACAAUAUUGGACCUGUGCGCAAAACCUUCAUCAUUUCAUUUCGACAGGCAUUUCUACCGGAUGGGAUCUGAGACCGAACCACAUGAAUUUCAGUGUCCGGUUGUGGCUGUGCAUUACGGCGCACACGAUUAUAAUGGACUUUCCUCGUGACUGAAGUUUUUAAGAAAGACUUAAUCUGUACCUUCAUAGGAACGACUGGCUGGCGAUUGCAUGUACAUCUGUGCUUGUGCAUUGGAUCUGUGACUGUGAUCAUUUUUGUCCCCCCCCCCCCCCCAAAAAAAAAAAUCUGGACGAUCAUAAUAAACAAAUGCAAAUGCUCCUGCUGCUGUUAUUUUUUAUGACCUGAAACCCUACCUUGUAAUAGCUUUUUUUUAAUUCAUUUAAUUCCACUGAACACUGUGGAAAGUCACAACUUGUGGAACAGAGGAACGAGAAAGCAUGCCACCUUCUUAAAGGAGAAGUUCACUUCCAGAACAGAACUCUACAAAUAAUUUCCUCACCCCCUGGUCAUCCAAGAUGUUCAUGUUUUUCUUUCUUCCGUCGUAAAGAAAUGAGGAAAACAUUUCAGGAUUUUUCUCCAUAUAGUGGACUUCAAUGGUGCCCCGAGUUUGAGCUUCCAAAAUGGAGUUUAAAUGCAGCUUCAGAGAGCUCUAAACCUCGAUCCCAGUCCAGGACGAAGGCUCUUAUCUAGCGAAGCGAUCGGUCAAUUUCUUAGAAAAAUAAAAGACUGUAUUCUUUUUAACCACAAAAGCUCGUCUAGCACUAGCUCUGGGGUGCGCGUCCGCGACGCUAUGUACUACAUAAUCACGUCGGAAGGUCACGUGUGAC